GGUCGGGGUACCUGGGCGUGCCCUGGUCGGCGCCGGGCAGCGGUGCUGCGGGGACGCUGAGAGCGGCCCGGCGGCGUCUGUUGGAGCCGUUCCUUCAAGGGCCGCCGGCGAGGGCAUGAGCGCGGAUUUCCUCUGCCUCCCGAGCGGCGGCGGCGGGAGAGGCGAGGGGAGGAGGCGCCGCGCGGAGGCCACAGUCCAGAGCAGCGCCGGGGGGCAGCAGGGCAGGAGAUGUGCCUGUCCUUAGCGGCACAGGAAGCAGUAUGCACCCCGAUGCCACCCACAAUAGCGGCGCCGGCCUCAGCCCCGCGCCGGCCGCGGGCGCCGGCAGUCCUCCUGUCCCGGGCUCCGGAACCGAGCGGCGGCUGGAGUCCCCGGGGGACGCGGAGGCGGCGGCGGCGGCGACGCCGAGGGCCCCAGGCGGCUGUUGCUGGCUGGCGCCAGCGGCCGGCGCAGCUUUGGCCACCGUGGCCCUCUCCUUGCUGGGGCCCGGUUCCUGGGAGUCAGUGGCAGGCGCGGGGCCGGGUACCGUCCUGCUCCGGCUCAGUCUGUACCUGAGUGGCGCGGCGGCCGCCUUCCUCUUGGGAACCCUGUUCGCCCUCGUCUGCCGGAGCCCGCGAGCCCCGCCGCCCGACUUCGCCGCCUCCUGGAGCCGGCUGGCGGCGACCAUGGCCACCCGCUGCCCGCCGGGGAGUCCCAUGUGUGGAAACUCACAUGAGUCGGCUCAGUCUAGAAGGGUAGUAAUUUCUUAUAAUAUGGAUAAAGCUCUGAAAGAAGUGUUCGACUACAGCUACAGAGAUUACAUUCUGUCCUGGUAUAGAAGCCUCAGCAGAGAUGAGGGACAACUUUAUCAUCUGCUCUUAGAAGACUUCUGGGAAAUUGCCAGAGAGCUGCAUCACAGACUGAGUCACGUGGAUGUGGUUAAAGUUGUCUGCAAUGAUGUUGUAAGGACUUUACUCACUCAUUUCUGUGACCUGAAAGCUGCUAAUGCCAGACAUGAAGAACAGCCGAGGCCUUUUGUGUUGCAUGCAUGCUUGAGGAACUCAGAUGAUGAAGUAAGAUUUCUACAAAUGUGUUCUCGGGUUCUGGUGUCUUGUCUCCUCCCCUCCAAGGAUGUCCAGUCUCUCAGCUUACGUGUCAUGCUUGCAGAAAUUCUCGCAACAAAAGUCUUGAAGCCAGUAGUGGAGUUUCUGAGUAAUCCAGAUUAUAUUAACCAAAUGCUACUUGCCCAGUUGGAAUAUAGAGAACAGAUAAAUGAACAUCACAAGAGAGCCUACACAUAUGCGCCGUCCUAUGAAGAGUUCAUCAAGCUUAUCAACAGCAACUCUGAUGUGGAGUUCUUGAAACAACUAAGGUAUCAAAUUGUAGUGGAAAUAAUCCAAGCAACUACAAUUAGCAGCUUUCCCCAACUGAAGAGGCACAAGGGUAAAGAGACUGCUGCAAUGAAAGCUGACCUCCUGAGGGCCAGGAAUAUGAAAAGGUACAUCAACCAGCUGACUGUGGCCAAGAAGCAGUGUGAAAAGAGAAUCAGAAUCCUGGGAGGCCCUGCCUAUGAGCAGCAAGAGGAGGGCAGCUGGGAUGAGGGGGAAGGGCCGCAAAGCCAGAAGAUUCUUCAAUUUCAAGAUAUCUUGGCCAAUACUUUCUACAGAAAGCACUUUCGAAUGUACAUGGAAAGGAUGGACAAGAGAGCUCUGAUUAGUUUUUGGGAGUCUGUGGAGCAUUUAAAGAGUGCUAACAAGAAUGAAAUUCCACAAUUAGUUGGUGAAAUUUAUCAGAAUUUCUUUGUAGAGAGCAAAGCAAUAUCUGUGGAAAAAUCACUUUACAAAGAAAUUCAGCAGUGUCUUGUAGGAAAUAAAGGCAUUGAGGUGUUCUGCAAAAUCCAGGGAGAUGUUUACGAGACCCUAAAGGAUAGGUAUUACCCUUCAUUUAUUGUCAGUGACCUGUAUGAGAAAUUGAUGAUAAAAGAAGAAGAAAAACAUGCCUCACAGCUGAUUCCCAACAAGAAUGAAAUGAGUCCUCGAGAUGAGGCUGGUGAGGAAGCUGUAGAGGGAGGUACCAGUAUGAUUAAUGAACAAGCCAGUUUUGCUGUAAACAAACUACGAGAACUAAAUGAGAAGCUUGAAUAUAAAAGGCAAGCUCUAAAUUCUAUUCAAAAUGCACCAAAACCUGACAAGAAGAUUGUUUCCAAGUUGAAGGAUGAAAUAAUUCUAAUAGAGAAAGAGCGCGCAGACCUUCAGCUGCACAUGGCAAGGACGGAUUGGUGGUGUGAGAACCUUGGCAUGUGGAACGCCGCCAUCACCAGCGGAGAGAUUACGGAAGAGAAUGGUGAGCAGAUGCCAUGUUACUUUGUCAUGGUAAGCCUACAAGAAGUCAGAGGAGUUGAAACUAAGAACUGGACCGUCCCAAGAAGGCUCAGUGAGUUUCAGAAUUUACAUCGGAAACUUAGUGAGUGUGUCCCUUCUUUAAAAAAAGUCCAGUUGCCUUCUCUCAGCAAGCUGCCUUUCAAAUCUAUAGAUCAAAAGUUUAUGGAAAAGUCAAAGAAUCAAUUAAAUAAGUUUUUACAGAAUCUGCUUUCAGAUGAAAGACUCUGUCAGAGCGAAGCUCUUUAUGCCUUUUUGAGCCCUUCUCCUGACUACCUCAAGGUUAUUGAUGUGCAGGGGAAAAAAACCACCUUUUCAUUAUCAUCAUUUUUGGAAAGACUUCCUCGUGACUUCUUCUCCCACCAGGAGGAGGAGACAGAAGAGGACAGUGACCUGUCAGAUUAUGGUGAUGACGUGGAUGGAAGGAAAGACUCCUUGGCUGAACCGUGCUUCAUGUUGAUCGGGGAGAUUUUCGAACUUCAUGGAAUGUUUAAAUGGGUGAGAAGAACGUUAAUUGCCCUUGUUCAGGUCACCUUUGGAAGAACCAUCAACAAACAAAUCCGAGACACAGUGAACUGGAUUUUCAGCGAGCAAAUGUUGGUUUACUACAUCAGUGUUUUCCGGGAUGCUUUUUGGCCAAAUGAGAAAACGGCACCACUGACCGCAAGCAGAAGCCAAGAGCAAUGUCAGGAAACCAAACAGAGAGCACAGCAGAAGCUACUCGAAAACAUUCCAGAUAUGCUUCAGAGCCUUGUUGGACAGCAAAAUGCCCGCCAUGGUAUAAUAAAAAUAUUCAACGCACUGCAAGAAAGAAGAGCCAAUAAGCAUCUGUUAUAUGUGCUGAUGGAACUGCUGCUAAUUGAACUGUGUCCUGAGCUGAGAUCUCAUUUAGAUCAACUUAAAGCUGGUCAGGUUUGA